GCUCAGGCGCGCCGCGGGCAGUCCUUGUGGGGUCUUCGUGGCCUGCCAAGAUGGCUGCCCCCACAGUGAGCGCUGUGCGAGGGUGGUCGGGCCUGGCGCUGGGCGUACAGCGUGUUGUCUUACGGCUUCCAAGGGUAACCCAGGUGCGGUGGAGCCGCUAUGGUCCUCAGUACAGGGAUCCUAAGAUUGACAAGGAACAUUUCCACAAGCCUGUGGCCGCGCUAACUGAAGAGGAGAAAUAUGAUCGGGAGCUCAAGAAGACUCAACUUAUCAAAGCUGCUCCAGCGACGAAAACAAGCUCUGUUUUCGAAGACCCAGCGAUCAGUAAAUUCACCAACAUGAUGAUGAAAGGAGGAAAAAAAAUAAUGGCAAGAUCCCUCAUGACAAAGACCCUGGAAGCCGUGAAAAGGAAGCAAUUUGAGAAGUACCAUGCUUCUUCUGCAGAGGAGCAGGCAGCCAUUGAACUCAACCCUUACACCAUCUUCCACCAAGCACUAAAAAAUUGUGAGCCUGUGAUUGGGCUGGUACCCAUCCUCAAGGGUGGUCACUUCUACCAGGUCCCUGUGCCCCUACAUGACCAACGUCGCCGCUUCUUGGCCAUGAAGUGGAUGAUCACUGAAUGCCGGGAAAAGAAGCACCGGCGGACACUGAUGCCUGAGAAGCUGUCACAUGAGCUGCUGGAGGCUUUUCACAACAAGGGUCCCGUGGUCAAGAGGAAGCACGACAUGCAUAAGAUGGCAGAGGCCAACCGUGCCCUGGCCCACUACCGCUGGUGGUAGAGGUUCCAGAGAGCCCAGGGCCGUCUGCUGCAAGGAAGUGUGAGCCACUGCCACGUUGAAAGAUACCUGUGGGCGAAGGAUGUAUAGCUCCUUUUUUAAAGGUGGGGGCAGCCCUCAUAAGAGGGAUGGAACAGCAUAU